GUGGUACCUGAGUGUUCGAUUUGUUUUCGAUGGGGUCAGUACUCAGUAAUAAAAUAUAAUUUUGCAUAGGCUUUGUUUUGGUACUUACUAGUACCGGUACACAAAUUUAAUUUUGCGGUUUUCCAACACUGAAUGAGCCAUCAAUAACAAAAGUACGAAAUAUUUACUCUGAUCUCCGUUAAUAAUUCUGGAGCCUUCUCGGUGGUAACUACUAACUGGCUAUUUUCCGUGGAUAAGCUUGCGUGAUGGAAAUAAAAGAAUGAAUCGGAACUCCGAAACGUCUGUGUCCGGUAAAAUGGAAAACGAACUUAGUUCUGGUUUAUUUACUGUGAAUCCCGAAAUACGAGCAAAAAUGGAGGAUGUCACGGAAAUGCAGAUAGUGGAGUGCCAGAAGUCAAUGUACAUUAAGCCGAUGACGAUGCUUUAUAAACAGAACGGAAGAAAAAAGUUUUGGGAUUUCAUUAAAACUCACGACAGUGUCAGCAUCAUUAUCUAUAAUCGCACCAAACAUGCGCUUGUGUUUGUCAAGCAGUUCCGACCAGGCGUCUAUAUCCAUAACACAGAUUGGACGGUGGGGAAAGCAACAGUGGACGUGUCGAAAUUUCCGAUUUCUGCCGGAGUUACUUAUGAGUUAUGUGCCGGGAUCGUGGACAAAGAUUUACCCCUCGAAGUGAUCGCUCAGCAAGAAGUAUUCGAAGAAACUGGCUACUCCGUUCGGGCCGAAGAUCUGGAGCGGAUCACAUCCAUGAGAAGCGGAGUGGGAAUAGCUGGAAGCCUCCAGACCGUCUACUACGUGGAAGUGGAGGAUAGUCAACGCACGACAACCGGCGGGGGCAGCGAUAAAGAAGGAGAGAUGAUAGAAGUUGUCGAAGUUCCCCUGGCUCGUGUACGGACUAUGAUGUAUGAUGAAAAAUUAGCGCGGCCUGGCGGUUUCAUGUUUGCUAUGAUGUGGUUCUUCAUGCAUAAAUUUCCCGAAGAAUAUUUUCAUAAAGAAAACACAACGACAUCGACAUGACACCGGUAACGAAGGCAUUUGUUGUUUGCAUUUAUUGUAACUUGUACUAUCAUAAUGUCAGAUUAGUAUCAGUAAAAAGAAUAAUGUUACAUUAGUAAAAUACUUCAUAAGAGAAUUGAUAUCGAUUUAUGAGUGCAUUAAAAAGUCAUAAA